AUGCAAAUUUUCGUUAAGACCUUAACUGGUAAGACUAUCACUUUGGAAGUCGAAUCCUCCGACACCAUUGACAAUGUCAAGUCCAAGAUCCAAGACAAGGAAGGUAUUCCACCUGAUCAACAAAGAUUGAUUUUUGCUGGUAAGCAAUUAGAAGACGGUAGAACCUUAUCUGACUACAACAUCCAAAAGGAAUCCACCUUACACUUGGUCUUAAGAUUAAGAGGUGGUGGUAAGAAGAGAAAAAAGAAGGUCUACACCACCCCAAAGAAGAUCAAGCACAAGCACAGAAAGCACAAGUUGGCUGUCUUAACCUACUACAAGGUUGACAACGAAGGUAAGGUCGAAAGAUUAAGAAGAGAAUGUCCUGCUCCAACCUGUGGUGCUGGUAUCUUCAUGGCUGACAUGAAGACCAGACAAUACUGUGUAUUGUAUUGUCUUUGUAUAUUUAUUGUAUGGGCUUUGGCUGUCUCAGAAAUUCUCACCCCAGAGUGCAAACACAUUCUUCACAUGAACUUCUCCAUCUAUGAGCUUGAUGAAGAUAUAAAGAAGCUUCUUAAUGUCGAUAACUUCCUUAAUGGACUCUCCGUCAAUGACUUUAUUGAGGAGAUUAGUAAAGAUCACCUUUUGAAAGACACCGAAGUCAAUGAAUUCGAAUACUUAGACCCCAAGCCAUAUAUCAGAACAUUCGAAGGGAUAUUACGAGAAUUGAAACAAUUGAAAACUCACGCCAAUCAACAGAAGCUGGAAAGUGAACGAUUGGUUGACGAAUACGAAUUGCAACACAGUGAGAAUGUGCUUGAAUUGAAUGAUCAAAUUACUAAAGCCACUGAGAAAUUCGACGUUUUGGACACGCAAAUCCUGGAUGUCUCUACAAAGAUCAACCCAUUGGGUAAGGUUUUAAACAAAAUUACCAGUUCCAGAGACCGAUCCGUAGAAACAAUUUUCCUUAUCCGAGCAUACCAUGGAUUUUAUACCCGAGGCAGUUACGAACAAUUGGAAUUGUUGCGUACGAGCAAAAAGAUUGAAGAACGUGUGAAAUGUGCCAAAACAGUGGCUAACUUGAUUACAUUGGCCAAGAAGAUUGCUAAUGAACAUCAACCAACUACAGUUAAAUGUAUCGAGACCAUUGAACAAUAUGGACAAACAAUGGAAGAUAAUUUACUUCAGACUUUUGAGCUUGCAUCAGAAGAUGGUGACUUUGAUACUAUGAAAGAUAUUGCUCUGGUGCUAUUUGAAUAUAACAAUGGUAUAAAUGUAAUUCAAACAUUUGUUAGCAAGAAUGAAAUUGCCGAACAAGAACAACAAGAUAAUUCCGGUUUAGUCAAGGAUGAAGCUACUUGGACGAGACUAUCUGAUCCAAAUUGUGGAGAUCAUGAGAUCAAGGAUGAAGCUAUUGAGUCUACGUUGGAUCAUUUACGGUUUGAAAUUAAAUCUCGAGCAUGGAUCAUUCGUCAAGUGUUUGAUGAUCCUAUUCCCGUGCUUAAAAUAUUCAUACAAAGAGUUUAUGCUCAAAUAAUAAGAAAUACUGUAACUAAUUUACUUCAGUAUUCUUUGUCGGUAAGUACAUUAGCUCAUGUAAGAGUGCUUCAUUCUUUGUCGAUGUUAGUUGGAGAUUUCACUAAAGAUGUUAAGGAAUUCCUUGUAACGAACGAAUUUGAACGAGAUAAUGAGCUCAGUCAUGUUCUUGACCAAUCGUUGAUUGAUUUGUUUAUAGAAUAUACUGCUGAUGAAGUAUAUUUCGCCCGAGAAAAGAAGAAUCUUGAAGAAACAAUUUAUGAAAUUGUCCACAAGUUUAAUACUUUCCAUGAUACGGUGAUAUCUAGUGGAGCUCUUGCUACAAAGUUGGAGAACUUGGAUAAUUUGGAGUUUGUCGAUAAACCACAAGCUGGUGAAAACCCCGAUAAGUUUAAUUUCCGAUUCCUGGAACGUAAGCGAAUGCAACAAUUCAAAUCCUAUGUCAAGACUAAAUUAGCAUCGAGUCGACAAUCAACCGACCUUGAAACUAGAACUUCAUCUCGGGAUUUAGAAGAGUAUGCUAAAUUGAAUGUGGGUAAGAUGGAAAUUGUAUUGAAAUCUGCCAUUGAAUCCAUAGCUAGAUUGUUGGAAUUAACUCCAACUAAAGCACCUCAAUAUUCACUUGAAAUUCUUGAGAUUCUUGUUAUCGAUUUUGGGAAAUUGUACAUUGGAUCUGGAUUAGAAGUGGUGUAUGAUGAAAUGCACCAAGAAGUUGCCAAAAUCCAACUGAUUCAACCUUUUGAUCUCAAGUAUUUAAAGGCUUUCAAUGUUAUUAGUGAAAAUUUGUUUUUAUUAUCAUCAUGUAUCAAAAAAAUUAUAUUACCUUGUGCUACCAAUUCCCCUAAUAUCAAGAACAGAAUGAGUAAUUUGCUCAAUAGCUAUGUCUCCCAAUGUGAACAGUCAUUAAAUAUCAUCCUUAAUGAAACGUUGGAAAUGUUGAGUAGCAGAAUUCUGAUUUUGUUGACUAAACAAAAACGUCGUGAUUUCUAUUGUGACGAAAUAGAAGAAGAUACCGAAGCUUGUGAAUUAAUCAGUGAUUUCUUGAUUGAUUUACAAACAGCCCUUAAAACUACCAUGAAUAGUGGAAAUCUUGAAAAAAUAUUUAUCAAGAUUGGGAUGGAUUUAUUACAUCAAUUAUUGGAACAUUAUAAAAAGUUCCCUGUGAACUCAAUUGGUGGGAUCGUGCUUACUAAGGAUGUAUUAAGAUAUCAAAGUAUAAUUGAUGAAUGGGGUAUUCCUGAAUUAUCGGAGGAAUUCCAAAUUUUGAAAGAAGUGGGUAAUUUGUUUACAGUGCUGUCAGAGUUAGUUAAUUCGUUAAUUAUGGAAGGACAAUUAGCCAAGAUGAAACCAUAUACAGUUAGACAAUAUAUUUCAAAGCGGGCUGAUUUCAAUCCUGGAUAUGCAGAAAGACUAUUGAAAUUAACAAAUAUUUAA